UUAAUGGUUUAUUGCUUCAUUUUAUAUGUUUAAAGGGUAUUGUAGCGUGUAAUUUCCUGUUCAAAUUAUGGAGGAAGUACCCCCUAGUCCUGAAGUGGUGAAACUGAAGAAGAUCCGCCGAAAAACAAGUUCCAAACGUCGCUCUCGGCUGUCAUUGAAUAAUGAUAGGGGCGCCGAAACGGAAAACGACUCGAUUUUGCUAAAGGAAUGUGAGCUGGACACAAUUAACUCUUUGGAAACUCGGGUAAGCAGUGUUAAUCUUCCUAUUGAUCCACCCGCGGAAAAAGGUCAUACAGAUCUCCUCUAUUUCGACGUUGAUACUGAACGGGUAGAGCAAGUUAAAGAUGAUCCACUCGCUUCCGCUGCAUUGCUAGAAAAGGCAAAUCAGCUUGAAUCCCGCAAUGGUCCUGGACCGUCGAAUGAGUUUCUAGCAAAUGUUAAAAACAAAUUUAUGAAAGUAAACGAGGUGUUAGAGUCAACUCCAGAGAAGUCUAGUGGUUCAGCUAUAGAUAGAAAUGAUCGUUUAAAUACCUCUAUACCAAAGAAAUCGAACUAUAGCUACACUCAAUUCGAUCUCGACACUCAAAUGAUGGGUAUCUGGGAUGCGGCAGAUAUGCUUGCUGAAGAUGGAAUGAAAGAUUGGAGCAGUCCCUUGAAGCAGCUAGUACAUGCUCCUAGUGAGGAACCGCACGGUUUGCGUCAAAAACCGAAGGAAAAUGUCACUUCUGAACAACAGACUACUUGGAAAAAAGAUCGCUGGAAGGAUAUAAGACAGUCCGCUUUCUCUCGUGAAUCUGUUAACGAAGUUUCAGAUAUACAGCGUUCAAUCGUUCCCACAAAUAACGUACUGAUUAAAAUUCAGCAAGAUUUCAGUGAAGGCGAAGAAAUUAAUAUGGCAGUUGAUUAUAGUAUAAUAAAGUCAACGCCGCUAAGGAAGCGUCUGUCUAAAAUACAAGAUUAUAUCGACAGUCCUCCGCAAACUGUUAAAAAGGCUAGCAUUCGAAGAACGUUCUCUAAACGAAAAGGCCCUGUUUCUAAACCUGUUGUAAUCCGUCGGUUGAGCUACGAAAGUGACGACUCAAGUGAAGCUAACCAUUUGCCGAGUGAAUUGAAUACAGUCUCAUCGGAUGAAGAAAUGCAAUCACUUGGAGAUCCUUCUGCAGAACAGCUUGUUGCUUCCAGUGUAACUCCAGAUAUAGACGAUAAUUUUAAUUCGAGCGUGUUUAUGAAAGCCAACAUUAAUCAACUGUCGCAAUUCUUCUCCCAGUCUUUGGUCGAUUCGAAUGAAAAACACAAACGAAACUCCGAAUCAUUGAAUAGAGAACCACCUUUCUAUGGAUUUCCAUCGUCCCCAACAACUCCAAUUUCUAUACGAUCAACAGAUGCUUGCUCGCCACAAACUUUGAAUAUAUCGUGGCUCUUUCGAGAAAGUACAGAUUCCGGAUCAGAGCUGGAAGAAGCCGAACAAAGUUGCAAGCCUUUCGAAACAUGUCCAACCCUUCAUACAAUGCUAGACGAUGAUGAAGACUUCUUGGUGCAAUUGACCACCUCACAAAAGAACCCUGGAGAUUUCUGUAAAAGUGUUCAUCAAACUGUUGAUGUCAAACCAGAAAUUCGGGCUACACCUAUCCAGCCAGUCGUAUUCACCGGUGGUUUCCAAACUGCUGGCGGUUCUGGGAUAAAAGUCUCAAAUGAUGCACUUUCGAAAGCACGAACCAUCUGGGAAGAAGAGGAGACAAAGUUUCAAAGUGCUUUGUGCGCAGAAGCAACUUUUUCUGGUUUCCAAAAUUCAGCUCAACAGCAAGACAAAGUGUUGGAUCAUUUAAAAGCUCAUUAUGGAAAAUUCAACGAAGGUGAAAGUUCUACAAACGGAAAAAUGUCUUCAAAUGGAUUUCAGACAGCGACCGGUAGGUCAAUAUCUGUUUCCGAAAAAUCGUUGGCCAAAGCAAAAACUAUGCUUCAAGAGAUGGACAAUGAAAUAUUGCAAGCAAAACCAACUUCAAAUGGAUUUCAAACAGCUGGUGGUAGAUCGAUUUCAGUUUCUGAACAUUCACUCGCCAAGGCAAAAAAUAUGCUUCUAGAGGUGGACAAUCCGGAAUGUUCGACUCAUCCUAAUGAAAUUGUGCCGAAACAAAAAUGCAAUCGAGUUUCACCCGUUUUUGGGAAUGCAUUAGAAAAUUCAAAAACACUCAAUGAAACAACUGGUAAUCAAUGUUUGGGUUUUCAAACUGCUCGUGGUAAUGCAGUGAAAGUAUCAGACGAAGCUUUAUCUAAAGCUCAAUAUGUGUUCCAACAGCUUGAGAAAGACGAUGAAAUGAGUAAAGGUCAACUGCAAAAUAUUCAUAUGAAUGGUUUUCAAACAGCGAAAGGUAAAUCUCUAACAGUUACUGAGCAUGGAAUGGCCAAAGCUCGUUCAAUUUUAGAUCAAAUUGAACUCGAAACUCACAUUAAUAUUAAACGAAGACGAGACUCGGACUGUUUAGAAGUGGAAACUCCUAUUAAAAAAUCCAGAUCUGAUCCAGAAACAUCGAUGAUCAAUAGGCAUCAAUUAAAAGAAUCUGUUGGAAAACCUUAUGAUAUAGAUAAUUUCUUUGGAGAUUUAGAUGAUCAAGACUUCCACCAACUCUUCUGUCCACCAGAAUCGGCCCCAAUCGAAGGCAAGCGCUCAUCUAGGCCAUCGAAACAAGUGUGCCUCGCUAAUCGAUUCGAUGAAUGUGAUCGCAUCAGUUCGGAUCCCAAAAAAUCUCCAUGGGAUGAUAGCUUUGGCGAAAUCGUUGCAAAACUAAGUCCUGAUCUAAACACCGAACUUAAACCAUCUUCCCAAACGCUGGAAACCCGCCGUCUGGCUCGCUUUAAUCAACUAAAAUAUAUACAAAACAAACCUGUUGAUGCGCGGCGGACAAGAAUAACUGAUUUUGUGCAGAAGAAACAGCUGCACAACCGUUGCACUCUAGAACAGUUUGUUGGUGGCUGUAAACCGAAUCCAGGAAAAAUUUCCGAUGAAGACGUCAAUCAGACAAAUUUUGUCACAGCAGAAAAUGCUGAAUAUUUGAAGUUCAAUAUGGUGGCUGUUUAUGGAAAAUCCCAGUGCGAAGAAAAUGUAGAUGGUUUUGCUGUUGGUGAAAGCGAGGAAACAGAAACACGUAUCCACCUCGAUGAUUCAUGUUCCGCGGGAGUAGCAGAAAUGAGUAAUGCUUUUCUCGCCCAUGCUGGCAUUGAUCCGGCGCUGGUUCCUGACGGAUGGAUUCUCAACUCUUGGAAAUGGAUUCUGGUGAAGCUAUCUUCAAUGGAGCGAAAUUUUUCUGACUUCUUUCGCGAAAUGAUUACCCCUCAAAAUGUGUUGGAUCAAUUACUGUACCGAUAUCAUGUGGAAAUUGAUUGCGCCAAACGGUCUGUGAUCAGGAAAAUAGUAGAAAAGGAUGAUAUUGCAGGCAAAAGAAUGGUUUUGUUUGUCUCUCGGGUGUUUCGUGGACAAAACCCUUCAGACAUAGAAAUAGAACUGUGCGAUGGAUGGUACCCUAUCAGAACGGUGCUUGAUUCUUAUCUUAUUCAAGCAGUUCUAAAUGGUAAAAUAUGUGUUGGCACAAAAUUAAUGACUCAAGGUGCAGAUCUUCUAAACUUAGCUGAAGCAUGUCCCCCACUGGAAGUGCCUUUGGAUGUGCGGUUGCGCAUCCAUGCAAACUCCACCCGAAGAGUAAAGUGGUCGACAAAGCUAGGGCUGUAUCGAGUUCCUGCCAGUUUUUACGUAUCGUGCAAUAAUAUUUUAGAACGAGGGGGUCUGGUUGUAUCGUUAGAAGUUGUCAUAGUAAGAGUUUACCCUUUGAUGUACGUUGAUAAAUCACAAAAGGAAUUGUUCGGCUCAGUUCUACGCUCGGAACGUGUUGAAAGAAAAAGAACUCUGGCUGAUGACACCAGUCAAUCAGAAAUAGUUCAAGGUUUGUUCAGUCAAAUUCAAAAGGAGGUCGAAGCUGAAAAAUGUAAUAAACGAAUAAGUUCGCUUUGUAGUAAAAUAUCAAAGUCUACUACCGUUGCUGAGCUAAUCGAGAUGAUGGAUGCUGGAAUGGAUUUAUCUGUUUUAGAAUUUGAGCUAUCAACAACCCAACGAGAAGCAGUAAUGAAUUAUCAACAACACAAGCAAGAAGAAAUUAGGAAUGAAAUAAACCGAAGAGUUAAGGAACGGAUGGCCGGACAAAACGGACUUAAGCGAAAAGUUGCUGCCUUGCUGAAAGUUCGAGUAAUGGAUGCUAGAAAGCCAGAAAAAGUUCUCUUACUGUCGAUUUGGCGACCUCCGGAAUAUCUAAGCGACAUCAUACAGGAAAAGAAAUUUUUGAAAAUUCAUAACGCUACUGCUAACGGUACUCGAAACGGCGAGAUACAAUUAACAACGGGAAAGAACAGUUCCUUCAGCAUGUUGAGUCCAACAAAAUACGAACUGCCUGUCGACCAAACUAGAAAACUGACCAAAAUAUCCGAGAUUGAUGUCUUCAGCUUCAAACCCUUAUUCAAUGAAUUUGAUACCAUCGGAGUGGUUGUUCAGAUUGGAGUUUUAGAGUCGAAAAAGUUCCAGCUAGUCUACUUUGCAGAUAGCGAGUCAAAUCUUCUGUGCGUUAAUUUUUGGUCUGGUAUCAAAGAAUACGCUUACGAAGACUUAAUUAAAGAACGCACUGUUCUGUGUAUUUCUAAUCUGCAAUGGCGGACAAUCAAUGCCUUGAGUGCCAUACCCAAUUCAUUUGCAACGGAAUAUACUACCUUUAGCGAGUGUUCAAAAUUGGAACAUUUUUCAGAAGAACUUACUCGCUUCCAGACAUUACUUAACGCACAGAACUUUGACACAUUUUACGAUAACUGUAGAAUGAAAAUAUUAGAAAUGAAAGAUAGAAAACUAUCUCGUCAAAGCAAUACUUUUACACCCGAUCAAAUCCAUCACAAUGGCAUUACUACACCCCUGCGGACGGUUUUGAAAAGUUACAAUUCGUUUGCAGGAACUCCCAAUGACUUUUCGCCGGGUGUUGGCCAACCAGUGAGCUUGCAGAAACGAAAGAUUGAACAACUGGCAGCUGCUUAUAAAAGUCCUCCAAAGUUAACGCCAAUAGUGAUGCGAAGCAAUCCGCGGGUUCGGAAGAGCUUCAGAAAUCCAGCCAGGCUGGAAGAUCGUAUGAACCGUGCCGAAUGUGAUGAUCAUUAGAAUCGACACGCUUGUUUUCGUUCCAUUAUUAAAUAGCUAUGUUAUAUAACAUUAAGUUGAAUUGUGGCAUUCGAUAAUAAAAAUGGAUGCGUAUUUCGUAAA